AUGAGUCGUCGCAAAGUGAAAGCCAAUCCCCAGGCUGAAUCAUCUCCCUUGAACAGCCUAAAAGGCUCACCAAAUGCAGUUCUGGAGGUUCAAAAACUUAAAGAACUUCUGGAGGCAGAGAAAGAGAAGGGGCAAUUUCGUGAUGAAACCAUCUCCCUCCUCAAGAAUGAUAAGACUUACCUGCAAGGAGAACUUCAGAAAAAGGAUGAGCUCAUCCAGCAGCUACUCUCCAAGAAGGAUGAAGAUAAUUCCACAAUCAUGUCCGGCAAGUCAGGCGUCAAACGCAAGCAUGGGAAGGGGAAGAAAGCCAAGCAAUUAAUGAGCAUUGCUUCUGACAAGGAAGAUGAAGACUCCAGUUCCGCUCUUUCGGAUUCAUCUGAAGAUUCGUCCAUGAACAGCUACCAAAUUAGAUCUCCAUCAUCUUCCACCACUUCCCGCAAAGUUAAAAGCAACGAUGACCCGAUGAGAAGAAGAGGAAGAGCCAGGAACACGAGGAGCAUUGUGGCGAGGUACAAGAUGGCCCUCUAUGCCUUUAACAAAGGGGGCUCGAUGAAAGCAGUGUUCGACACCAUCGGUGCAGACAGAAACACAGUGUCGAGGAUGGCACCGAUAGCAGAGCUCAGCAUUGCCGCUCCAGACAUUUUUAAAAAUGUGGGGGCCUGGGAUUAA